AUGUGCGGCACCGCGCGAGGGGCGGGGUCAAGCACGCCUUAUAUGGAAGUGCAUGAGGCCUUGGAGCAGGUGAGGGCGGAGCUUAAAGUGAUGGGCGGGGCCGUGGGCGAGGCCGGGGCAGCGGUGCUGGAGCUGGAAGAGGCACUGGGGGCGGAGCUUAACGGCCAGGGGGCGGAGCGUCGCCGGGAGGAGCUUCACGCCCUGGGGGCGGAGGCGGCGCAGGAGGGGCUGCGGCGCAGGAGGGAGCGGGCCCAGAUAAGCUCCGCCCACCCGGAGCCGGGGCCAAAGGUGGGACUAACGUCGAAAUUGCCGGGCACUAGGAAAGGGGCGGGGCUACCGGUGGGUGGAGCCAACGGGGGGGGGGUUGCGUCCUCCCCCCAUUCCCCGUUGUUCCAUUGCAGGAAGGGCUACCCCAAAAUCAGCCCUGACCUUGACCCCAACCCUGACCCUGAUGCUCAGCCCCAUAUGAAGACCCUCAUCCAGGACUGCUGGGUGGAUGUGGGGGGACUCUGGGACCUCAUCCACUCCUUGGCCUCCCACCUGUCCCCCCUGAGGCUCCGGCUCCUCCAGCUGCAGGAGGAGAUCCAGCAGCGCCUGGAGGGGGACCCCAAAGCCCAGCAGGCUGCCAGGUUGAUGCUGGAGGCCGCAGGGCUCUCAGGGGCUCGGGAGGCCCUGAUCCAGCAGAUCCAGGAGCUACGGGGCAGCCCCAUGGACUCCCCAGAAGCUGCCCUGGGGCCACUGAGGAGGCAGCUGCAGGAGGGGAAGCAGCGGCUGUCCCGCCGCUGGAUCCAGCUCCGGGCUCUGGCCCCAUCCAAUGAGAAGCUCCGGGCUCAGCUGUGCCCCCUGCAGGCCCAGGCCCGAGGAGCUGUGCGGCUCCCCCCAGGGCUGCAGGGGGAAGGGCAGCGGCUGCAGGAAGCGCUGAGCAUGCUGGGAAAGGAGAGGGUGCCCCUCCCCCCGAGCCCCGCCCACAGCCCACUGCAGCCAAUCAGACGUGCUCUAGGAAUGGCAGAGAGUGAGCCCCCACAGGGGGCGCUGUUGCAGGCGGCAGAGCUGCGGGGGGGGGAGCUGGAACAGCUGCAGGGGGUGAGGUCAGCGCAAGGGGCGGGACCCUGGAACCCCCGCCCACCCCGCGCACCCGCAGAGGGCGUGGCCAUCGCGGAGCUCCUCCCCCAGCUGCAGGCGCUGUCCAUUCGGGUCCAGCAGUACCUCGAGGGCUGGCCCCACCUCCAGGACGUCAUCAGCCAAUGGUGGGAGCAGCCAGCUCAGUGGAUACCGGCCACGCCCCCCAGCAACAUCCCCUUCUCCCAUUGGCUGAAGCGCUGGUCCCAGGCCACCCGUACCCUAAACUUGCACCGCCCCCUCCCCUUAGCGCCGCCCACCACCGACAAGGAAGGGUGUGACCAGAGCAAGCCCCAACCCUGAGCCUCGGUUUCAUCAGAUGCUCCUAUUGGAUGGGGUG